UUAAUAAUUGAUAGAUAAUUAAAAUUAAAGUAGAAUAUAAUUUCGCAACGAAAAUGCAAGUAACUGAGAGCGUUACUAUUGUGUUUGGCUUAUUAUUAGAGUGCCUGCGUGCGAAAAUGUGUUGUGCACGCGCAAAUAAUUCGUGGUGAUGCCAGAGUGUCAGCUAAAAAAGGCAAUGUAGUAUGAUUUUGCAAGACUUUGGAAAAAAACAGAGCCAGAGCCAGAAUAACAAAGCCAAGUCAAGGUGAAAAUUAUAGAAAAAGUUAAUGGAUGGCGCGAUCUGAUAGCAUAGCAUAUCAAAUUUUGUGAAAUAUGCUCGUAUUUCGGAGCGCUGAUCAAAACUGUGUGAAAAUAAUUUCAAGGUUUGCAGCGAAUAGAAAGCAAAAGCUACGGCAACUUUACCAAAAAUAUAUUUAAAAUAAACAAAAACAGCAAUUAAUCAUAAAAGCUUAAGACAUCAAGGAAUUAUAUUUUCCUCAGCAAUUUUAACAACAACGACAUUAUGAAGUACACAACAGAAAACGACAAUGCUGCCAGCAGCAGCAGCAACAACAACACCACCACCACACAAAGCGCAGCAAGCGAAAGCGCUACACAGCAGCAACAGCAGGAGACAGCAGCAACAACUAUAACAACGACAAGUGCCGCAAACACAGCGGCAGCUACAAUCACAACAACAACAACAGAAGCGGCAGCGACAGCAGCAGCAACAGCAACAAAUACCUCUAAUUUAACAACAGCAGCAGCAGCAGCUGAUAGCGAUGAGGCGCCGGCACAGUCAGCAACACAGUUGGCAGCUGGAGCAACGUCAGCGACAACCACAACGACAAAUGCUUUAUUUUGCGAGCAAGUGAGCACGGUGACAUCUCUAUUCGACAAGUGGAACGAUUGUGAGCGCACAGUGGUCAUAUAUGCGCUGCUCAAGCGUUUGCGCUAUCCCAGCCUCAAGUUUCUACAGUAUUCCAUUGAUAGCAAUCUGACACAGAAUCUGGGCACUUGCCAAACGAAUCUGAGCAGCGUACUCAUUGACAUAAACGCCAACAAUGCAAGCUAUUUGCAAAAUCUAUUAAAUGCUUACAAGACGUGCCAGCAGCAGCAGCAGCAACAGCAGCAGCAGCAAUCAGCUGGUGAUUUCACAGAUGCCAUGUCGUCGUCAUCUUCAGACAAGGAUUCCAUGCCCUGUUACGGCAGUGAUUUCCAAAUAACCAGCAGCUGCUCCAGCACAUCACAACGCAAGCAAGAGUUGCUGCUUGAGGUCCUCAACAUGUUGCCGUUGCUGAAGCCCGGCAAUGAGGAGGCUAAGCAGACGUACAUGACGCUCAUACCACUAGCGGUAAAAGAUACAGUGCAGCAGCUGGUGCCUACAGAGCUGGUGCAGCAGAUAUUCUCUUAUCUGCUGAUACAUCCGGCUAUCAACAGCGAGGAUCGACGCUCACUGAAUGUCUGGCUGCGUCAGCUGGAGGAUCACAUACAGACCAGCAAGCGCAGCAGCAACAGCAGCUUCUAUGCAACACCGCCGCCUUCCUUGGCCUUGCCCCUUCCCGAGCAACUGCAACUGCAGUGCAACAGCCACUCGGACAAUAGCUCGUCUUCAUCUUCUUCCUCGCUGGGCAAUCUGACGCGCAACGUUGACUGGCAGACAAUAGCGCCGCCAAGUCGUCAGCACUACAAGCAACUGCCGCGUCAGCCGGGUGAAUGGCGUGGCAGCGUUAGCGGCUCUUGCGGCUCAAUAAAUCCACUCUGUGAUAAUUUAAAUGGUAUUACAUUGAACGAAUUAGCAUCUAGUCAGAAUAGCUUAGGCCUCUCCCUGGGCAGCAAUUCGUCGCUGGUCAAUGGCGUUGUUGCCGGCGCCGCUGGCUCCAUGCUGGGCCUGGGCGGCAGUGACGAUCAUGACACCUCAUUUAGCAAAAAUGGCACCGAAAUACUUGACUUUGAGCCCCCACACUGCAGCGAUGAGCAGUCCUCCAGCAUCAGUCUCAGCCAGCAACAGCCUCCUUCCUUGCUGCUGCAGCCGCCGCCACCACCACCACCACCGCCAGCACCUUAUGCUUCCAUACUUAUGGGCCGUGUUUGCGAUCAGUUUGGCGACAUCAAUCGCUGGAGCUUGGACAGCAAGAUAGCAGCGCUGAAGACGCGUCGCUCCAACAGUCUAACCACUCAGACGCUCUCUAGCUGCUCCUCGAACUCUUCCAACUCGUCUGUGAUUACGGUAAACGACAACUGCUCCAAUUCCACAGAGAAUCUGGCACAGUUUGCAAACAAGCCGCGCAGCUUUUCGCUCUCCAUUGAGCAUCAUCAGCGUGUGAACAAUAUUUUGGCCAACAGCACCUCGGAUACGCGGCUGGAUGACUUCAAGCCCAGCUAUAUUAAGUUUCAGACGCGCAAUGUGGGCAUGUCUGGCAUUGGGCUGUGGCUUAAGUCCUUGCGCCUGCACAAGUAUAUAGAACUCUUCAAGAACAUGACGUACGAGGAGAUGCUGCAGAUUAGCGAGGAGUUUCUGCAGAGCGUCGGCGUAACCAAAGGUGCCUCACACAAGCUGGCGCUGUGCAUAGAGAAGCUCAAGGAGCGCCCACAUUUGCUUGCCAAGCUGGAGCAGGAGCUGCACACGGGCCAAAUGAAAAUAAGCAGCGCUGUGGAGGAGCUAACAAACAUUGUGUUGACUCCCAUGAAGCCGCUAGAGUCGGGUCUGCACAGUGAGGAGAACAUUGGAUUGCGCUUCCUGAAGGUCAUUGAGCUGGUGGGCAAUGCAUUGCAGCAGGAUCCCUACUGUGCGCAAGAUGAUGAAACUCUAGGUGUGUUUAUGUGGAUACUCGAUCGCUCCAUACACAACGAGGCGUUUGUUAAUCAUGCCAAUCAGUUGAAGGAGCUCAAGUUUAAGCUGUCGAAGCUCAAGAUGUCCAUGGUGCCCAAGCUGCAUCAUGUGAAAACCACAAGCGGUGCCACUGGCAACAUAAAUAAGCCCAGAUGGAAUGGCAAGAGCCGCAAGUGCGAUACCAAAAAUGGCAGCAGUGAUCGCAUCAAUCAUCGCAAGAACUCCAAUGAUAUGCUCAACUUUUCGCUCACCUGCUUGCAACAUCCGCUGCAGCAGCAACAUCAUCAACAGCAGCAGCAACAACAACAACAGCAGCAGGCGCAGCAACAGUUUGAUUACAACAAUGGCUAUCAGACUCAGCAAUACAAGAGCAGCUCGUAUCCCAACUUUAUGAGCAAUACGCCGCAGCAACAUCACUCACAGCAGCAGCAGCAGCAGCAACAUGCACAACAGUUGCAGCAAAUGUUGCAGCAGCAUGCACAACACUUUCCAGCUUUGCCGCAGCAGACUCCGCCACCACCGCCGCAUCAUCGUCGCUCGCUAAACAAUCUUAUUGUAGUUGCCGGCGGGCCACAGCAAGCGCAGCAUUUGAUCUUCAAGCCGGGACAAGGCGUGCUCAGCAACAGCGCCAAUGAGAAUCUGCAGCAGCAGCGCAAACCCAGCUUGAAUGGACUAAGUAGUCUCAAUGGCAGCUCUGGCUCAUUGGAUCAGCAACCGAAGAAGACGAUGGCUGCCGUCGUGAUGGUUAGUAAUGCGGAUAUAGCUAAAGAUAUUGCUCAGCAGCAGCAACCGCCGCCACCACAAAUUUUGAUUAACAAUAAUAACAACAAUAACAAUAUAUUGAACCAUAAUCUGAUUAAUCAGCAACAACUGCAACUGUUGGCUGCUGCUGCGGCAGCCGCUGCUGUUGGCAAUGUGGCUGGCAAUUGUUUGUGCAACGUUGAUGGUGGCGUUAGUCUCUGUAGCAAUAGUAUCUGCCAGCAAACAACAAGCAGCAGCAACAAUAAUAACAACAACAACAACAAUACUAACAACAAUAAUAUUGAGCAUUGCCUGUCCCAGUCACAGUUGAUAAACCUAAGCAUGUCCUCGCUUAAGGAUAACUUUAGCAUGCCCACGCAUGAUUACAAAAUGAAUGAUUUCCGAAGUCUGGAGCAACUGGAGACGCUCUGCCGCCAAAUGACGGAGCAGGCAAUGAACUGAGCUCUAAACCUAAUCUACUUGUCUAUAUAAUACGAAUGUUCUUCUAUAUGUUUCUGUGCGAGUGUCUGUCUAUAACGUUUGUCAACGAAUCGUUUUUUAGUUGUAUAAGUCAAGCUUAUUGUUAGUUUAAAUGUUAAGUUUUAAAAUUGUCUAUAUAUGUAUAUGUGCGUGUGUACGUGAGAGUGUCUAUGUUUGUAUCUGUGUGUGUAUGGAAGAGCUCUGGGCGCUGUGGCUGCUGCAAACCAAAGUGCAACGGCUGGCCGUUACAAUGGCGGGGCCUAGCUUACAAUUUCCCCCCUCCCUAAAACAAUCAAAGAAACAAUUUCUAGGCGCUGGGAGCAGGCACAGCCGUCCAGCAGUCAUCUUCACAGUGGCGUUACUAAUUUUUGCUGCCAAUGUUAUUUAAAUGUUUUUAGUUACAUUAUUAAUUCCGACAAACACAAGCAAACACAACAACAACAAACAAUAUACACUUUUUUCUCUGUAGGAAAAUUUGGCCAAAUUUGAUCAACAUUUUACGCUAUUCUGACAACGCUAAAAGUUUUCCUCACGUCAAACACAAGUGUCGUGUUAUAUACAAAUAUACUAAUAAAUAUAUGAUUUAUAAUAAUUGAACUCUGCAUCGUGACCAUGAGACUGACUAAGAUUACUAUAUUCGCAACUAUGAGUACUAGUAAAGCUGCAUGACGAAAAAUAUUUUAAAAUAUUAAAGAAUUGAAAAUGUUUGAAGGAAAUGAACUAACACACGACGCGAAUAAAAACAAAUACCGUUGCUUGCUGAAAGUCACAUAAUGUACUAUGUUUAUACACUUAUUAUACAUGAUAUAUAUGUAUAAAGAUUAUAUACACAUAAUUUAUUUUAAA